AAGAAAAUCUGUACCCGAGCUACUCAACUAACCCGGAACUUUAAUAUAAACGGAGUAAUUCUGAAAACCUACUUUACGGCGUUCAACCGUUUUUAUAAGUAGUUUAAUAGGUAGCUCGGACAUUUGUCUUGGAAUAGUAGGCUUUUUAAACCGGACUGUGCUCCCUCUGAGUGGAGAACAGACUGCUUCAAAUGUUCCUCGCUGCGAGGGCAACCGUUCCUACGGGAGAGAAACUCUCAACUUGCCUUUUCUAAUCAGGAGCUGCAAUAAACUGAGAGCCAGAGGGAGAGCGUUCUUUUCCAGACAAGAGUCACGCCAUCGUUGUGGAGUCCAGAGGUGCCAAAAUGCCGCAGCAGAAAGACAUAGUGAAGAUAGCCAUCCAGAUGCCAGGGGCCUAUCCCCAGCUUAUACGACUGGACCAGAAAAAGCCACUUUCUGCUGUUAUUAAGGAGGUCUGUGAUGGCUGGAAUCUUCCAGGCCAUGAAAACUACGCCCUGCAGUAUGCCGAUGGAGUGCAGACAUACAUCACUGAAUCAAAUCGUUUGGACAUAAAGAAUGGUUGCAUUCUGCGUCUGACCAAGGCCCCGGGGCGCUGUGCGGAGGACUUGUUAAAGGGCAUCCAAAGCUUGGACCUGGGCGUGCGAUGUGAUUCGUUGAAGCAACUGGCGAAUGUUGCCACAGACGUGACUUUCGCUCAAGAAUUCAUCAGCCGAGACGGACACAUCUUACUGGUCAAGAUAGUGGAAGAUUCUAAUGAGGGUGCUCUGAUCAUGACUCACACGCUGACAGCCUUUAUGGAGCUGAUGGAUCAUGGCAUAGUUUCUUGGGAAAAUCUCUCAUCAAUCUUCAUUGAGAAGAUCGCUAGUUUUGUCAACACCAAGGUGGCAGAUGCAUCCAUCCAGCAGGUGUGCUUAGACAUCCUGGAGAGUAUGGUCCCAAGCAGCCACAGCCUCUUCCUGCAGGUCAAACAAGUGGUUACCAUGGAGAGGCUAAUCACACACCUCCAGACGACCAAUCAGCAGAUCCAGACCAAAGCAAUGGCUCUACUCAUGGCUCUGCUGCAAACAGCAGGGGAUGCGGACAGACAGGAAAUGUUUGCAUACAUGAAUAAGAAAAAUCUCCGCCAGUACAUUUACAAGAACAUCAUCCACAGUUCUGGUUCAGUCCAGGACGAGAUGGCCCACUACCUCUAUGUCCUACAAUCAGUGACUUUGAAUCACCUGGAGCCACGAAUGAGGAUGCCGCUGGACUGUUACAGCCAGGAGCAGAGAGACAACCUUCACAUUCUGCGGCAGACCGCCUUUGAGACGGAGAGUGAAAACAGCCUGAACAACGAGAGACGACGUUCUCUCUGCGCCAAAGAGUUCAAGAAGUUGGGCUUCUCUAACAAUAGCAACCCUGGUCAGGACUUGAUACGAACGCCUCCUGGCCUUUUAGCUUUGGACACCAUGUUAUAUUUUGCUACUCGCAAUCCCGAUGCAUACAGCAGGUUUGUUCUGGAGAACAGCAGCAGGGAGGACAAGCACGAGUGUCCGUUCGCUCGGAGUAGCAUCCAGCUUACUUUAAUCUUGUGUGAAAUCCUCCGUAUCGGAGAGCCCCCCUCAGAGACAGGAUCCGACUACCACCCCAUCUUCUUCAGUCAGGACCGACUCCUGGAGGAGCUCUUUUGUGUCUGCAUCCAGCUGCUCAACAAAACCUGGAAGGAGAUGAGAGCCACACAGGAGGACUUUGACAAGGUCAUGCAGGUGGUGAGGGAGCAGAUCACGCGCACACUGUCCACCAAGCCCACCUCUCUGGACCUCUUCAAGAACAAAGUCAACGCUCUGAACUACAGCGAGAUCCUCAAACUGAGACAGACGGAACGAUUGCACCAGGAAGAGACGCUGGCGGCGCCCGUACUGGAACUGAAAGAGCGUCUAAAGCCCGAGCUGCUGGAGUUGAUCCGCCAACAAAGACUCCACCGGCUGUGCCAAGGAACCAUGUUCAGGAAGAUCAGCAGCCGGCGCAGACAAGACAAACUGUGGUACUGCCGCUUGUCACCCAAUCACAAGAUGCUGCACUACGGAGACGUGGAGGACGACGCGGAAACCCCCCCCAUUGAGAGCCUGCAGGAGAAGAUUCCAGUGGCGGACAUCAAAGCUGUGCUGACGAGCAAAGACUGUCCUCACAUGAAGGAGAACAAAGGCAAACAGAACAAGGAGGUGUUGGACUUGGCCUUCAGCAUCACGUACGACGUGGAGUACAGCCUCAACUUCAUCGCACCUUCCAGAACUGACUUCUGCCUGUGGACAGACGGACUCAACGUGCUCCUGGGCCGAGACAUGAGCAGCCAGUCCAUGCGCAGCGAGCUGGACAUCCUCCUCUCCAUGGAGAUCAAGCUCCGUCUCCUGGAUUUAGAGAACGUCCCCAUCCCCGAGAGCGCGCCCGUCGUGCCCAAACCGCCCAGCAACUACAACUUCUGCUACGACUUCAGCCAAACGGAGCAGUAAAGUGUGAACGUGUGUGUGUGUGUGUAAAUAUACUGUGUGUGUGUGUGUGUGUCCAAUGCAUUCAUGUUGUUUUUUUAAAACAUAAAUCAUGGUGAUUCUUUUCGAAUCACACAUGCCAACAACACCCAUCGCUUGACUGAAAGCAUAAAGUGCAAUUUUGCUUUAAUAAUCUGCUGCAUAUUUUUUGUCCCACCUGACAUUACAGAAGCACCACCAAAAACUGUAUUUUUUUAAAUGAUUAUACUGUUACCAAUAAUAAUCUAUGUGAUGGAUGGACUAUUCCUGCGUGAACACUUGAGGCUAAAGACUGUGCCUUAAAAAAUGUUAUCUUACAAGGUGGAGCUUGAAAUCAGUCUUUUUAGGACUUACGGUACAAUGAAAAUAAUCAUACACCGUGUGCAAAUCACUUCUAAAUGUUAUGGUACAAAUGAUGUACUGUAUUGUAAACAUGAUGAUAGAUAUGUGUGCCUCGUUCUUCCCAACAUCUUUUAAUGCCAACACCUUACACGAUGAAAUGAGUUCACACCAACUAGUUAAAUACAAAAAAACUUUUAUAUCAGAUUUUUCAGUCAGUCAUGGCGAAUUGUGUCAGACAUUUGAUUUCUCUAUGCCCUGACCACGGAGACAUUGGACGUUAUUUUGUGUGUUUGUACAAAGAUCUGUUAAAAAGAAAAAAUGUCAAAAAUAAAUCCAGGUACAAUUUCCAGA